AUGGCGUCAUCAUCAUCGCAGUCCUCGGCCGCCGCCGCAUCACUGCUGCAACGCCAGCUUAAGGAGAUCACCAAUGCUAAAGAUGUGCCGGGCAUAUCCGUUGGCCUGCUCAGGGACAAUGUCUUCAACUGGGAGGUGAUCCUCAUGCUCGACCAUGACUUGAAAUACUAUGGUGGAGCCAUCUUCCGCGCGCACCUGACCUUUCCGCCCGAAUAUCCCCAUCUCCCGCCCAAGAUGGUCUUCCAGACGCCCAUCCCCUUCCACCCCAACAUUUACCCCAACGGCGAGCUGUGCAUUUCCAUCUUGCACCCGCCCGAGGACGACAAGUACGGUUACGAGAAUGCCUCCGAGCGGUGGAGCCCAGUGCAGACGCCCGAGACGAUACUGUUGAGCGUCAUCAGCCUGUUCAGCGAGCCCAACGAGGAUAGUCCUGCCAAUCUCGACGCCGCCAAGCUUCUGCGCCAAGAGAAGGAGGGUGGACCCAAGGAGUUCCGGAAGAGAGUACGGAAAUGUGUGCGGGAGAGCGUGGGGGAGGACUGA